UUACUUUCUCUCCAGAACCAUCAACCACCCUCCGGUCUCUUUCUCCAUCGUUCUAAGCUCUCAAUAUCAAUGGCUUGCUUUCAAAGAGCUGUGGCAGGUGCUUUGGUGCUGAUGUCUUUUUUUGUGGGUUUAUCACAAGCUAAAGAUUUGUUAGUCGGGGGCAAAACAGAUGCAUGGAAAAUCCCAUCUUCAGAGUCUGAUUCGCUUAACAAAUGGGCCGAAAAAGCUCGUUUUCUUGUUGGCGAUUCUCUUGCGUGGAAGUAUGAUGGCCAGAAAGAUUCAGUCUUGCAAGUGACCAAGGAGGCUUAUGCUAGCUGCAACACUACAAGCCCUAUUGAGGAAUACAAGGAUGGGAAUACCAAGGUGAAGCUUGAUAGAUCAGGGCCAUUCUACUUCAUCAGUGGAGCUGAGGGUCAUUGUGAGAAGGGACAGAAAUUUGUCGUGGUGGUUCUGUCUCAAAAGCAUAGAUACACUGGAAUCUCUCCAGCUCCUUCUCCAGCUGAGUUCGAGGGGGGCCCUGCUGUUGCUCCAACAAGCAGUGCUUAUACCUUGAGAGGUGGCUUUUUGGUGGCUUUUGGGGUUUUGGUUUUGGGGUUAUUUUGAUGUGAAAGAUGAUGUUCUUGGGUUUGGAAUUUGGAGGGUUUUGAUUUGUUCAUUCAUUUAAUCAUAUAGUAAUGAGGGUAUUGCCUGAUUAGAGAUAUAUAAAGAAUGCUAUGUGAGGGAAAUUUGGAUCCCAUUUCCUCUUCUCUUCAACAUAAGAGGAUCGAUUCAUUUCUUUAUUUUUGGAUCUUGGUCAUAUGUAGUGGAAAUUUCAUAUUUCUGAAUUA